CCUUUUAGAUUGCGUGUGCGCGCUGCGGUUCCGGUUGGAUUUUUCCCCAGCUCGGUGAUCUGACGCUUUAUCAUCAUGAGCUCGGCAGGCGGCGGAGAGUUCGGAAACCCGCUGCGGAAAUUCAAGCUGGUCUUCCUGGGGGAGCAGAGCGUCGGUAAGACGUCUCUCAUCACCCGCUUUAUGUAUGACAGCUUCGACAACACAUACCAGGCUACCAUUGGAAUAGACUUUCUCUCCAAGACUAUGUAUCUGGAAGACCGCACGCAGGUGCGGCUGCAGCUCUGGGACACUGCUGGACAGGAACGGUUCCGCAGUUUGAUUCCCAGCUACAUUCGGGAUUCAACCAUUGCAGUGGUGGUGUAUGACAUCACAAACCUGAACUCUUUCCAGCAGACAUCCAAAUGGAUAGAUGAUGUGCGGACCGAGAGAGGAAGCGACGUAAUAAUAAUGCUUGUCGGGAACAAAACAGAUCUGGCAGAUAAAAGACAGAUCACAACUGAGGAGGGGGAGCAGAGAGCCAAGGAGCUGAGUGUAAUGUUUAUUGAGACCAGUGCCAAGACUGGCUACAAUGUCAAGCAGCUUUUCCGCCGUGUGGCUGCGGCAUUACCUGGCAUGGACAGCACACCUGAGAAGAGCAAAGAAGACAUGAUUGACAUCAAGUUGGAAAAACCACCCGAGCAGCCAGUGACGGAGAGCGGCUGCUCAUGCUAACAUCCUAUAAUUCCUUUUGGCCAGCACAAGAAAUACUGGCUACCAUUCUAAAGCAUCAGAAAGGAAAGCAAAGCGUCUCUAUUUAUCUCUUAGAUUCCCAGUGUGUGGAUGCAGUGUGUGCUCCAUCAUCUUAACAGGGGUUUGGGUAACUCCCAAAAAGAAAAAAAAAAAGACACUGACCCCCCCUUUCAUCUCACUCAAACUGCAUGGUGUUGUGUACGGUCAGAGAAUGAGAAUUUUAUGUAUGUAUAGUUUUUAUUUCUUGCACUGUGGGCGCUCAGCCUGCCCUAUCAAUUCUCUCAGUGUGACAAACUUGCCAGAAAAUGUGUGCUGCGUUUUCAUUUGUUCUUGUGAAUGCACCAGGAUGCAGCCAUUUUUACAGGAAUGAUUGGAACCUCUUCUCCACAAAAGGUUCCGGUUCCAUACAGGAAGACGGGAAAAUGAAUUUAAAGCGUUAGGCAUAGGAAGCCUCUGCAGUCAAGCUGUUGCAAAUGCAAAGCUCCCAGGGUGCUGGGAGUUGUCGCCCUGCCAGUGCUGGAGUGCCAAGCACUUUUAUGGCAUUUCUUUAUUUUACAUUGCAGCUGAGCAAAUAUUUCGCUGAUUAGUCCUGCAGUUAAGGGCUUGUAAAAUCAACUGUGUAUUUCUACUUAUCUUUCCUACACAGUGCCUGUAACUGAUUAUAUACUUGUAGCUGGGUCUGUAGAAACCAUAUUUGCUGUAACUGUAGGAACAAAAAGGUUCACACAACAGACAUAAAUCUCCAGCCUACAGGUAAUUUGUAGGGAAUUAUCUGAUCACAGUGAUAUCACUCGUGGCCUGCGGGUAAGGUUUCUGCAAACCCCUGUUUAUAACAGGAAAUACUCCCUACAUGACUAAGGAUGUGUUUCUGCUAAUAGUGCUAGGCUGAUAACAUUAUACCUUUGCACUAGGCUUUAUUGCUUGUGCCAGUACCUGCACCCCAACCUUUGGCUUAUCUAAUGCUCCUGUACUUUCCCUGUGCUGCAUCCUGGUCAUGCCACUUAGCUGUUUCUUUGUAUGCAAGGUCUGCCUCCCUGUUCUGGGGCAGCACCUCUGACCUGUCAGUUGUAUUGUUAUUGCAAAUAUCUGGAUUGUAAACAAAAAAAAACAACAAAAAAAAUAUUGAUAAUGGAUAACUUAUGGUGAAAAUGUUCUCUCCACUUGAAUACUCUUUGGAUGUCUUAUAAUGCGUAUCUGCCCCAUAUUACCUAUUCAUAGCUGUUAUCCAAGUAGGUGUGAAUCUUACCGAGUAUCUACUAUAUGAACACAGCUGUGUCUCACUAAAUAAAAUGUUCGCCUAUCA